AUGAGUGAAGGCGAAAAAACAAAUUCAAAAGUUCGAGCUUUCAUAGGCCAGACACCGAAAAAUUUGAAGCAGAAAUUCUUCUCGGUGCUUGGAACAAGCUCUGAAUAUAAAAAGCAAAUUAUUACAGGAAUAUCCAAUAAGCUCGAUGCCGCUCUGAGUUUUGGUUCGACUUCAGAAACAACACCGGAAAACGUUAACGAAGCGAAAUUGCGAAUGAAGCUGAAAGAACAACAUGAAAAGGCAAAUUCUGCCGAGUACUCCCUUGACGAUCAUAUAGUCGAUUAUGAAUUAAGAAGGGUUAAAGAACGGCGGGCACAUGAAGAGGUUCUUUCCGGAAGAUACCGACAUCCAGCCUUCAUCGAGCGGAACAGUCAAAACCAAGAUAGUUUUCAAGUAGAUAGCCCCAAAAAGUCGCCCCCAUCGCCCGUUGUCGUUGUUGAAAAUCAAAAUCAUAAACAUCAAAUCGAUUGUAUUGCCACGACAAUCAAUCAUCAUCCAAUGAACAAUAGCAUUCCAACUAAAAGUACGAUACAAGCAUUGACUACAAAGGAGAAUAAUUUGUUAGGCAUACCGCCCACCAGUUGUUCAACAGCAACGAGCGAAAGCGGUGAUAAUUUGAGUCUCGGUGACUUAAGCUUUGAAUCAAUGGAAGUGAAAAUGUGGCAAAAGUCGGAAAGUGAAUCUGUGGCACUUUCAUGUUCAUCAAUUAGUUUGGAUAGUUCUUCUGACGAAGUGACCUUUGAAUUUAUGCGAAGAUUUGUGUCAACUCUUUUCACCGAUUCUUCAUCGAUAACACUUGAGUUAAAGCAUCAAUUUGGUCAACACGCAAGGCUCGCUUCAGGCAGAAUGUGGUUUGCACGUUUCGUUAACAGUCAAAGGACGAAGUCAAAAAGAGUGAAUGAAACAACCUUCUACGCUCUUAUACAAUACUUUGCAAUAAUUCUUUUUGAGUGUAAGGAUUGUGAAGAUUUCUUACCAGCAAGACAUUUAAUGUCUUUGUGUUUUACGUUUUUUCAAGAAGUUGAAGUUCCAGGCUGUGAACCGUACAGAGAAUAUCUUUUUAAUUAUCUUCGAGAUCAACCGAUAUGGCAUACGUUAAGGUUUUGGAACGCUGCCUUCUUCUACGCCCUUCAAAAAGAUAAAGUUCCAAAGGUUGAAGUUGAAACUGCUCGUAAAAGUGUCAGCAGUGUUCAAUUGAAAAGCUCUGAAGAGGGAAAUGAUAUGUCUGCCAAGAAAGUGACUUCAUUGCAGUCAUCUCGUUCUGUUUCUGAAUCUUCUCUUAGUAGUUCAAGUUCCACUGAUCAUUCAAAAUCAAGUGGAAGCUCGAAAUACAAAACCACAUCUAACAAGGUGGUGAAUCGUUCUAAAAGUUCCAACAUUGCAAGUGGGAGCGCUGACAAUACUUUUGAUGUAGAUGAAAAGAAAUUACAGGAUAACAUGGCAUUUAGCCAUUUAGGUAGUCUAACGUGCAACAUGCACGCUUUUGGAUUAAAUCGAAGUUUAUGCUGUGAGUUUCUUAAGAAACAAUGUCACAUUUUGAAUUUGACGAAAGAACAGGAAAAAAUGCUGAACGAUAAUGUCAACCGACUCUACCGUGAGACAGAUCCAUGGAGAGAAUAAAUCAUUUAAUUUGCAAUUCAUGUAAAAAGAAUUAUUUUGACUUUAACAAUUUCUCAAAUCUACGCUUAGCUUGUAAAUCAAUGAAAUGGAAAAUGAAUUUUCCACAUAAAUAUUUGUUCUUCUAUAUUACAAGAGAAGCUUUGAAUUCCUAUCUUAAUUGAACAUUUUAAUUGAUUCGACAUUUUGAAUUUUUUUCCAUUAUAAAAACAACAAAUCGAAAUAUUAUUGCAACGUUAUGCCUACGUACUUAGAUUUUAAAAUUCAUUGUUGAAAUUAGAACAUUUGUUGAAUUUUAGAUAGUUAAAAAUUUAAAUAAAGAAAUUUGUUGAAUUUUAC